UCUUAGACCAUUUAAUCAUAGUCUAGGGACAAGAGAUAUCGUGAGACGGAGAUUUAUCGAAACUUAGUAAUUGUUUUAGUAUUUUUUUUUUUAGACUUAGUAUUUGUGAACACCUCUUUUGAUAAUGACGCUAACUUUGUACAAAAUGGACGCUAGUCCACCAGUGCGUGCAGUUUACAUGGUAAUCGAGGCGUUGAAGCUACCCAAUGUGAAAUAUGUUGAAACUGAUCUUCUAGCUGAUGAUCACUUUAAGGCUGAAUUUUUGAAGAUAAAUCCACAACACACAAUACCACAUUUGACCGAUGGAAACUUUCAACUCUCGGACAGUCACGCAAUAAUAACAUAUUUGAUAAACAAAUAUGGUGAGAAUUCUGAAUUAUACCCAAGUGACCCACAGCAGAGGGCUUUAAUUGACCAAAAACUGCACUUCGAUAGCGGUAUCCUAUACCCAGCUUUGAGGGAGAAUGAUGAACCUAUUUUCUUUGGAACCGCAACCUCUUUAAAACCUGAAGGUGUGGCCAAGAUUAGAUCAGCAUAUGAUUUCACUGAGAAAUUUUUGAAUGGAACACCUUGGCUGGCUGGAAACCAACUUACUGUAGCUGACAUAAGCUGUGUGGCGACUGUAAGCACACUCAACGAAUUACUGCAUAUUGAUGAAGCUACGUAUCCUAACAUCUGUGCAUGGAUAAAUCGCUGUGCAGAAUACGAUUUUUAUAAGAAAGGAAAUCAACCAGGCCUUAUGGAAUUUCGUCGCCUUCUGAAAAUAUAUUUGGCACGUUAAAUUCACACGAAGUGUGAAUGUGAAUAGGCCAUCUUAACCGGAGCCGCGGCCAGCAUUUGGAUGAAAUCAUCAUUAAACAUUAAAUUCGAUUUCAUCAAGUUUUUCAUUA